AUGAGUAACCUCAAAGACGAAACAGCGGCUAAAGAUGUCGCGGUUUUAGAGACAAAGUCGUCGAUUGUCCCUGCAGAUUUUGGUGAGCCAUCGCCACUGAAAAAAAUUAUAUCGAUGGCUUCAAUCGCUGCCGGUGUACAGUUUGGGUGGGCCUUACAGCUCUCUUUGCUGACUCCAUACGUUCAGCUACUUGGAAUCCCACAUAAAUGGUCGUCUCUCAUUUGGCUCUGUGGCCCCAUAUCUGGCAUGCUUGUCCAGCCAACCGUCGGUUACUACAGCGACAGAUGCACCUCCAGAUUCGGCCGUCGCCGUCCUUUUAUUGCAGUCGGUGCCAUCCUUGUCGCCGUCGCUGGUAUUCUGAUCGGAUACGCCGCUGAUCUUGGCCGCUUAGCUGGAGACAAUCUCGAAAAGACUCCAAAGGUACGAGCCAUAUGGUUCUUCGCUCUAGGUUUCUGGAUUCUCGACGUGGCCAACAACACCCUCCAAGGACCUUGCCGCGCUUUCCUUGCCGAUCUCUCUGCAGGUGACGCUAAGAAAACGCGGACCGCAAACGCGAUUUUCUCUUUCUUUAUGGCGGUUGGAAACAUUUUGGGAUACGCUGCUGGAUCCUACACUAACCUCCACAAGAUGUUUCCUUUCACGAUGACUGAAGCAUGUGACAUCUAUUGUGCGAACCUCAAGAGCUGUUUCUUCCUCUCCAUCAUUCUUCUCCUCUCUGUCACGGUCACAUCACUCUUUUACGUCAAAGACAAGCAAAGGUCUCCCGAGAAAGGAGCCUCCGACGUGGAAACUCCGUUCUUUGGCGAGAUCUUUGGAGCUUUCAGGGUGAUGGAACGUCCCAUGUGGAUGUUGAUUAUCGUCACCGCCUUAAACUGGAUCGCGUGGUUCCCUUUUCUUCUAUUCGAUACUGACUGGAUGGGUCGUGAAGUGUACGGUGGAGACUCUAGUGGAGACGACAAAAUGAAGGACCUAUACAACAAAGGAGUCCACGUUGGUUCAUUGGGUUUGAUGAUUAAUGCAAUUGUUCUUGGAGUUGUGUCCCUUUUUAUUGAAUGGCUUAGUCAGAAAAUGGGAGGAGCUAAACGGCUUUGGGGAGCUGUCAACUUUAUCCUUGCCGUGUGUUUGGGUUUGACGGUUUUGAUUACAAAGUUGGCGGAGGCUCACAGGAAAACCGCUGGUGCGUUUGCCGGUCCAACCGAUGCGAUUAGAGGUGGAGCAUUGACAAUCUUUGCUUUUCUUGGAAUCCCUCUAGCUGUUACUUUUAGUAUUCCGUUUGCACUAGCUUCCAUUAUCUCAAGCAACUCCGGUGUCGGCCAAGGACUUUCUCUUGGAGUACUAAAUUUGGCAAUCGUGAUACCACAAAUGGUGGUGUCACUUGGAGGUGGGCCUUUCGAUGCGUUGUUUGGAGGUGGAAACUUACCUGGAUUUGUGGUCGGAGCAAUUGCAGCGGCAAUACAUACCAGAUCCUGGUUUCGCUUAGGACGAAGCUCCGGUAAAUACAAUAUCGAGUUAGUAGUAACCAGGAGCGGAUUUAGCAGCAAUUUCAAGCUCAUAUAUUUGCGAGCCGGUUUCCAGUUUCCGGUGAACCAUUCGUUCUUGAAGAAAGGACCCAAAGCUGGGUAUUGGAGCUCCGAUUUUCAUGGCCACCUUUCUCGAGCAUCUCGCCGCCAAACAGGAAAAGAGAUAAGAAAAGGGAAAUUGGAAGUUUAG